GCCGCCGGGCCUGGGUGCCCGGCUGAACGCUCGCUGCGGUGAUCUGGCUUAACGGUGGGCACAGGGCUCUAGAACUUCUCGCUUGAGGAAAGCUCGCCCCUAGCCGUUUCCUCUCUAGUUGAGGACUGGGAUGGCGGUUCCUACGCGGCUCUUUGUGGUGUGCUCACUACUCUGACCGUUUCGCCCCCUUCCCAGGAAUGCCAGGGCUCAGAUGGGGAAAGUUUUUUGGGAAGUGAGAAGCAAGCAAGACGGGCCAGGAAAAGAGCGCCCCCUGGCCGAGGCUGGAAUCCACUACCCACCAUGGAGACAAAUGGCCAAAGACAACCACCUGGAUUUGUUAUCUCCUCCUUGCUAUGGGCUGGUGGGAAAGCUGCGACCAGCAAGGCGGAAUUGGGAACAAGAAUGAGGACAAGUUUAUUCAAGAGGAAGGGCCCAGUAACAGAGAACAUCAAGGGAUAUGCCCAAGAACAGUGUCAUCUAUUUCUAGACUCAAUCUCAAGAAACUUCAGAUGACGUUGCCAAGAAUCUUAAAUUAGAGAAAUCUCAAGAUAACUCCUUGAAAAUUGGAGGCUGGCUACCACUUCCACACUGUGAACUCACUGGUCACGGGAAACCUGUGCCUGGUGCAAGACCCUACAGCUGCACCCACUGUGGCAAGAGCUUCCGGCAUAGUUACUCUCUGACCCAUCAUCUUCGAAGUCAUGCUGGUGAGAAGCCUUCCCCCUGUCCUGACUGUGGAAAACGUUCCAGCCAAAGUUCCAACCUCCUCCAGCAUCAGCAGACACCAGGGAGAUGAGCCCUACAAGUGUGGGGCCUGUGGGAAAGGUUUUGCUCAGAGUGCAUCCCUCAUCCAGCACAGAAGGGUCCACUGGUGAGAGACCCUAUCACUGUCCCCAGUAUAGAAAGACCUUCUGUGGAAGCUCCAACCUCAUUACGCACUAGCGAAUCCACUGGGCAGAAGCCAUAUAUCCGUGGGGGAUGUGGCAAGGGCCUUACAUGCAUUCUUGCAGAUUCCAGAUUCCAAGUUCACCCUCCAUGGUGAACCAGAAACAGUCAUGGCUGCCAAGUUUACCUGUUCUGAGUGUGGAAAGAAUUUCCCAGCCAUCGGCAAGUUCCUUCAACACCAGCUCACCCAUACAGCGGAUGCACUCAGGGGAACGGAAUUUGGCUUCUCUGAGUGCCAGGAGUGCUCCUGUGAAGCCUGGAAGUUGACCAGGCACUGGCAGACUGCCCAGCUGGCAGCUCACGAGGCUGGGAGUGAUCGGGCCCAGAAGCUAUACAGACCAGCCCUACCAAUGCUACCAGUGUGGCCUUGGCUUUGGAGAGGGCACCACACUCCUUUGCCACCAUCAAACCCACACUGGAGAGAAGCCCUGCCAGUGUCUUCCAUGUGGAAAGUUUUCAGCCGGAGAUCUAACCUUGCCAGACACCAAAGAACUCAUGCGGUGCGGCCCUAGGUGAGCCCUUUCUUUGGUAGCCUUGCAGGUGGACUUGGGGAUCAGCGACACAUUUCCUUCCUUCUCCCAGUACUAUCUGUGAAGGCCUUUCUCUACUAUCAGUCUUCCUCAGAAGUGCUGAAUGUUUGGGUUUGGUUUUAUUUUCUUUUUCCUGAAUCCUUCUCCUCUCUCCUUUCCCUCAAACCUCACAGUUUGCAGAAGGAUUUCGGGAUGUGGUAGGUGAAAUGCAAAAGUACUGAAGUACGGGCAUGCCCUCAGUUUGGCCAAGGAUAAUAUUAAGUGAUGUCUUAAUAUCAGUGAUUAAUAAAUUAUUUCUCUUAUGCUUUUUAAAAUGUUAUUUUAAAAAUUAUUUGUUGGUUUUCCCAACAAUGUGCUAUUAGAGUGAAGAAAAAACGCCGAGUUCCUCUAUGAGAAUUCAAACUGCAAAGAAGUCCUUAAUAUCCAGUUUCCAAGCUUGCUCCCCGAGUCCUUGAUUCCUCUUUCUCUCAUUGCACUGCACCUCCAGCUCGGGUCCCAUCAGGCACCGCAUCCUAGUUCUUCUGCUUCAGAAAGUUUUCUCAAGUCCACUCUCUCUUCUCUGUUGCCAGUGCUUCUGCCUGAAGCGCAAAUCCUUGUCAUCAUUUGCCUGGAUUAUUGCAAAAGACUCCUAAUCAGCUUCCCCUGCUUCCAGUCUCUGCA